AUGGCAGGUAUUCACUCUUACUUUUCCUCUAAACAUGGAGUUAUGGAUAUAGACACAGGAGCCAGUCACCAUAUGACAGCUUCUCUAAACACUUUGAACAAGUUGAUGGGGACAGAUUCUCCUUCCACAGUCAGACUUCCCAAUGGAAAUCAUUCAACCGGCCUCUCCAAUGGGAAAAUCCUGGGGAUUGUUCGGAAGACAAAUAAAACUGAUAAAUCUUAUGAUGGUUCCAAUAAUGGAGUUUCUAGAGAUAAGGAUGAUUCAAAUGAAAAAUAUUCUAGUGAUGGAGAAGAUUCUAUUGAUGGAGGAGAUGAUACUAUUCUUGACUAUUGCGAUGAUACUAAUGACGAACAAGAUGAUGAUGGUGAGAACAAAGAUGACGAAGAUGAUGAUGACGACGAGGAUGAUGGUGAGUUUUAA